UUUUUAUUUUAAAAAGGCUUAAAACACCUAAAAUGUUCCCAAAUGGAGAUGACCCUGCUAUAUGAUCAUACCUUAUCAAUUAAAAUAGUGUCAACUAUAUAUGAAAUCGAGGACAGUUCAGUUUCUUUAUUGCAUGUUACCAUUUGAAUAAACACGUUUUAGAUAAUUUCAUUGUGUACAGUUUGUAUAUAAAUGUAUCCUUUGUUACUACCAUUACGAUAUCAUCAAGCUGCUCUGACGACGGUCCUUCUCAAACAAUGGCGACCAUUCCUUCCCACAACCACCUUCUUACCACCAACUCCGGUCACCACCACUCUUCUCCUCCGGUUAACUCCAGCUUCUCAAAAAUCAAUUUUCCCGUCAAACCCCGAGUAACAGCUACGAGAGCUUUGUCCAGAACCGACGAGUCUUCUCUAUCCGCCGUGAUCUCUCGCCUCGAGCGAGAAAGACGCGAACGGCAAGGCUUAACUGACGAAGCGGAGGGACUCGGAGAACGGUGGAUGACGGCGGAAGAUAUUCGCCGGCGAGACAAAACCUCCGAAGAAAAAGGAAAACUAAUCGACACGUGGCGUAAGAUCCAAGGAGAAGACGACUGGGCCGGGUUAAUGGAACCGAUGGAUCCAGUCCUCAGAUCGGAGCUGAUCCGUUACGGCGAAAUGGCUCAAGCCUGCUACGACGCUUUCGAUUUCGACCCGGCUUCUAAAUACUGCGGCAGCUCGAGGUUCUCGCGGCUCGAGUUCUUCGACUCACUCGGGAUGAGCGGUUCGGGUUACGAGGUGGCGCGUUACCUCUACGCGACGUCCAACAUCAACCUCCCCAACUUUUUCUCUAAAUCGCGGUGGUCUAAGGUAUGGAGCAAAAACGCUAACUGGAUGGGAUACGUCGCCGUUUCAGACGACGAAACGUCUCGUAACCGCCUCGGCCGCCGCGAUAUCGCGAUCGCGUGGAGAGGCACAGUCACGAAACUCGAGUGGAUCGCUGAUUUAAAAGACUAUUUAAAACCCGUAUCCGAAAACAAGAUCCGAUGCCCCGACCCGGCCGUUAAAGUCGAAUCCGGGUUCUUAGAUCUCUACACCGACAAAGACACGUCAUGCAAAUUCGCUAAAUUCUCCGCGCGUGAACAGAUCUUAGCCGAGGUGAAACGUUUAGUGGAGACAUACGACGACGAGGACGAAGACUCCGAUCUAAGCAUCACCGUGACGGGACACAGUCUCGGCGGCGCGUUGGCGAUUUUGAGCGCGUACGAUAUAGCGGAGAUGGGAUUGAACCGGAGCAAAAGCGGGAAAGUGAUUCCGGUGACGGUGUUGACGUACGGAGGGCCAAGAGUUGGGAACGUGAGGUUUAAAGAGAGGAUGGAGGAGCUAGGAGUGAAGGUGAUGAGAGUUGUGAACGUGCACGACAUGGUUCCGAAGUCGCCGGGGUUGUUUUUGAACGAGAGUGCGCCGCACGCGUUGAUGAAGAUAGCGGAAGGGUUGCCGUGGUGUUAUUGCCACGUGGGGGAGGAGCUGGCGUUAGAUCAUCAGAACUCGCCGUUUCUUAAACCUUCCGUUGAUCUUUCUAAUGCUCAUAACCUUGAAGCUAUGCUUCAUCUCCUUGACGGUUUCUUUUUAUAUAGAUAUCAUGGGAAAGGGGAGAGAUUUGUGCUGUCGAGUGGGAGAGACCACGCAUUAGUUAACAAAGCGUCGGAUUUUUUGAAAGAGCAUUUACAGAUUCCACCGUUUUGGCGUCAAGACGCGAAUAAAGGAAUGGUUCGGAACAGUGAAGGUCGUUGGAUUCAAGCCGAGCGUCUCCGUUCUGAGGAUCAUCAUUCUCCUGACAUCCAUCACCAUCUCUCUCAGCUUCGUCUUGAUCAUCCUUCUUAAAUCAUACAUACAUAUAUUAGUACUCGUUUUCAUAAUCUGUAAAUUUUUGUGUCCGUCUUUGUCAAUAAAAGAACUUAGAAUCUCACUGCACUCACUUGCAUGCUUUGAUUGAUCAACGUCCCCUAUUUCUUUACCGUUAAUCCAUGCAUUUUUGUUUUACAUUCUAUGUCAUUGUAUGAAUACAUGUGUGUGACCGUGCAUUUGUACACAAACACAAGACGAGUGAUAUGCAUGCAUCUUUCAUCA